CUAACACAGUUGGAAAGCCUUCAACCAAAUGUAAAAGAAAAAGCAGAACGUGCCCCCUCAUGCUUCACCCAAUACUCACCAUUGGGGAAGGCAUUUAAGGACAUUAUCAGGAAGCGCUGCUACAUUAUUGAUACGGACCCACAAUUGAAACCCAUCUUUAAAUAUCCCCCACAUAUAGUCUUUAAAAGACCCCCAAACGUGAGAGACAUUGUGGUUAAAUCUGAUUAUCCACCAGAGAAUAGGGAAACUUUCUUGGACAAGGUUCCAGAGGGUAAUUACAAAUGUGGCCAAUGUGCUCAUUGCAGUUUCACGUAUAAAUGUGACUCAUUUACCCACCCCCGCACAGGACAAAAAUUUAAAAUCAAAGGCCUGAUUACCUGCAUGUCCACCAAUGAUGUUUACAUGGUGAAAUAUCCCUGUGGUCUGUUUUAAAUAGGGAAAACCCCUAAAAGCCUUAAGACCCGGAUCAGUGAGCACCACAGCAAUAUACGGACAGGUGAAACAAAAAACCCAGUUGCUGUUCAUUUUGUACAAGCUGGACAUCCUAUUACUUCUGUGAGAUACAUUGGCAUGGAAAUGGUCAAGAUGUCAAGCAGGGGAGGGGACAUUGAGAGGAAAUGUCUUGAAAGGGGAUCUUUCUGGAUCCACAGGCUCAACACACUGUCUCCUCUUGGCGUUAAUGAGGAGUUCUUUAUAGUUCCAAAAUGUCCAGAUUAUUCUGUUUAAAAAUAAAAUCCUAAUUGAAUAGUAUGUGUGUGUGUGUGUAUGUGUAUAUAUAUAUAUAUAUAUAUAUAUAUAUAUAUAUAUAUAUAACUGUAAAUAUUGAUCACAUUCCUUGUGUAUGGUCAUAUAUUUUGAUACAUUGAAUGUUGAUAUUGUGAACCUACUGUAUGUUAUAUAUUUUUACCUCCUGUUUCAGGAAGUGAUGUCACUGAGUACUGCCCCUAUAUAUAGUACCUUCCACCCCCACCUGGGAUAUGGAUGCUUGAUGAAGACCUAAGGGUAGAAACUUUGUUAGAAUAAAAUCACCUGGAUGCAUGUGUGCGGAGUUUUCCUUUUUUUUUUUUCUUUUUUUUUUAGCUCAUGAAACAUGGGACCAACACUUUACAUGUUGCAUUUAUAUUUUUGUAAAUAUACAGCAUUUCCCUCACUCAGACAACAAAAAAUUAGGAAAAGUUGCCCAAUUAGCAGGAGGGAUGGGGGCAACUUCUUGUUGCGCUCUGUGCUCAAUUUCAGAAUGGCUGUCAGUCAAAACCCAUACAGAGCUGUGAAGUGGAGACCCUGAGCUCUGACGUCAUGUAUAGCAUGAUAUUGUGCAGCCACUGCGUUCCAAUUUAGGCACUUAUCAGUGUCCAAAUCUUCAAUUUCCAACCCGUAUACAAGUGUAAAGGGCUACUUUACAAUCUGAUACUAUGCAAUUAGAAUGGUUCUGAACUUUUGUGAAACAUCACAGCACAGAAAAAUAUAUAUGAAAAAUAUAUGGCACGUGGAAAAUCAUAACAGGUUGGUCUACGGAGAUAGAUGGGAGGGGUUGAAGGUAGCUGAAGGGUGGGGCUAAAAAGCUCAAGAUCAAUAAUAGUUAUGACCGAAAACACUAAAUAAAAUGUCAAAUGGAUACCUGAUGUGUCUCAAUAUUAUCUAUCCAUGUGUAAUAAGUGACUAAUGUAAAAAAAAAGGUACGAUGUCUGUAAAAUGUAUAUAGUAUGUACAUGUAACAAAAAAAUUAAGUGCAAGUUCUUCCACUUAAAAAGAUGAGAGAGGCCUGUAAUUUUCAUCAUAGGUACACGUCAACUAUGACAGACAAGAUGAGAAUUUUUUUCUCUAGAAAAUCACAUUGUAGGAUUUUUUAUGAAUUUAUUUGCAGAUUAUGGUGGAAAAUAAGUAUUUGGUCAAUAACAAAAGUUUCUCAAUACUUUGUUAUAUACCCUUUGUUGGCAAUGACACAAGUCAAACGUUUUCUGUAAGUCUUCACAAGGUUUUCACACACUGUUGCUGGUAUUUUGGCCCAUUCCUCCAUGCAGAUCUCCUCUAGAGCAGUGAUGUUUUGGGGCUGUCGCUGGGCAACACGGACUUUCAACUCCCUCCAAAGAUUUUCUAUGGGGUUGAGAUCUGGAGACUGGCUAGGCCACUCCAGGACCUUGAAAUGCUUCUUACGAAGCCACUCCUCCGUUGCCCAGGCGGUGUGUUUGGGAUCAUUGUCAUGCUGAAAGACCCAGCCACGUUUCAUCUUCAAUGCCCUUGCUGAUGGAAGGAGGUUUUCACUCAAAAUCUCACGAUACAUGGCCCCAUUCAUUCUUUCCUUUACACGGAUCAGUCGUCCUGGUCGCUUUGCAGAAAAACAGCCCCAAAGGAUGAUGUUUCCACCCCCAUGCUUCACAGUAGGUAUGGUGUUCUUUGGAUGCAACUCAGCAUUCUUUGUCCUCCAAACACGACGAGUUGAGUUUUUACCAAAAAGUUAUAUUUUGGAUUCAUCUGACCAUAUGACAUUCUCCCAAUCCUCUUCUGGAUCAUCCAAAUGCACUUUAGCAAACUUCAGACGGGCCUGGACAUGUACAGGCUUAAGCAGGGGGACACGUCUGGCACGGCAGGAUUUGAGUCCCUGGCGGCGUAGUGUGUUACUGAUGGUAGGCUUUGUUUUUUGGUCCCAGCUCUCUGCAGGUCAUUCACUAGGUCCCCCCGUGUGGUUCUGGGAUUUUUGCUCACCGUUCUUGUGAUCAUUUUGACCCCACGGGGUGAGAUCUUGCGUGGAGCCCCAGAUCGAGGGAGAUUAUCAGUGGUCUUGUAUGUCUUCCAUUUCCUAAUAAUUGCUCCCACAGUUGAUUUCUUCAAACCAAGCUGCUUACCUAUUGCAGAUUCAGUCUUCCCAGCCUGGUGCAGGUCUACAAUUUUGUUUCUGGUGUCCUUUGACAGCUCUUUGGUCUUGGCCAUAGUGGAGUUUGGAGUGUGACUGUUUGAGGUUGUGGACAGGUGUCUUUUAUACUGAUAACAAGUUCAAACAGGUGCCAUUAAUACAGGUAACGAGUGGAGGACAGAGGAGCCUCUUAAAGAAGAAGUUACAGGUCUGUGAGUGCCAGAAAUAUUGCUUGUUUGUAGGUGACCAAAUACUUAUUUUCCACCAUAAUUUGCAAAUAAAUUCAUUAAAAAUCCUACAAUGUGAUUUUCCUGAAAAAAAUGUCUCAAUUUGUCUGUCAUAGUUGACGUGUACCUAUGAUGAAAAUUACAGGCCUCUCUCAUCUUUUUAAUUGGGAGAACUUGCACAAUUGGUGGCUGACUAAAUACUUUUUUCCCCCACUGUAAAUCAAACCCUCUCAGACCUGAAGGAAGUCCGAGAAGGAAAUACAAGCACUCUUUAUCAUUGGCCAAUAUGUACAGUUCAUGACAGAAGAGGCUAUUGUGCAAGCACCUGUAAAACUUAACCAGUAACUGUUAUUAACAGGCAAUCUCCCUUGAGCAAUAUACAUGACCCAAUAACACUCCAGACAUCAGCAGUCCACACACAGGAGUGGCCCUCAGAUGUGUUUGCACAAUGGGUAUGAAUAUAUAUAAAUACACCAAAUCUCUCAGUAACAAGAUACACUGCUUCAAGAGCAGGUUAGAGACUCAUUUAAAUAGCUUAUGUUCUGUAAUGCAUUAUUGUUUUAUGAUUGCUGUAGCCAUGUAUGUAAAAGUAUAUGAAAAAUCUAUAUGUAGCAGAAAAGCUGUAAAAAAAUGUGUCCUCCUAGAUAAAAUUCAAUUUGUGUUCAUUGUCCGUAGCUUUUGCUUGCCCAUACCAUAACUCCACCGCAACCAUGGGGCACUCUGCUGCCAUACACGCUGUCUGCCAUCUGCCAGGUACAGUUGAAACCGGGAUUCAUCCGUGAAUUCUUCGGUUGUGCAAACCCACUGUUUCAGCAGCUGUCCGGGUGGCUGGUCUCAGAGGAUCCGGCAGGUGAAGAAGUCGGAUGUGGAGGUCCUGGGCUGGCGUGAUUACACGUGGUCUGCAGUCUUGAGGCCAGUUGGAGGUACUGCCAAAUUCUCUAAAACAACGUUGAUAGAUUUCUGGCAACAGCUCUGGUGGACAUUCCUUCAGUCAGCAUGCCAAUUGCACGCUCGCUCAAAACUUGAGACAUCUGUGGCAUUGUGUUGUGUGACAGAAUUGCACAUUUUGGAGUGGCCUUUUAUUGUCCCUAGCACAAGGUGCACCUUUGUAAUGAUAAUGUUGUUUAAUCAGCCUCUUGAUAUGCCACACCUGUCAGGUGGAUGGAUAAUCUUGGCAAAGGAGAAAUGCUCACUAACAGGCAUUUAAAUUAAUUUGUGCAUAACAUUUUAGAGAAAUAAGCUUUUUGUGCAUAUGGAAAAUGUCUUAAGUCAAUUAAUCCACAUCAGAAGAAUAUGCAGCUCUGAUGUUUCUUACCAGAAACAGACCACGGACCUCACACAAAGGUUUAAGGAAAGGGGAUACAAAGACAAUUGGGUAAAACAUGCCAGUGAUCGUGUUGAAGGGCUAACACAGUUGGAAAGCCUUCAACCAAAUGUAAAAGAAAAAGCAGAACGUGCCCCCUCAUGCUUCACCCAAUACUCACCAUUGGGGAAGGCAUUUAAGGACAUUAUCUGGAAGCGCUGCUACAUUAUUGAUACUGACCCACAAUUGAAACCCAUCUUUAAAUAUCCCCCACAUAUAGUCUUUAAAAGACCCCCA